CACAUCGUUGUGAUUUCAUUCCUUAAUUGCUUAUUCAGGAGUGAGUGCUCGAAGCAUACGUACCAUGUGAUGUUUAAUAACGAAUGCAAAAUUGUUUUGAAGUGAAUCGUCGACCAGUUAAGUGCAAACAAUGUCAGUGAACGCUCAUUUGGUGGGACAGAGUGAAAACGCAGCGGUUAUACCAAUUAAAUCCGCAAUAUGGAAGACCUUAAACUGGAGAGCGGUUCUUGCAGAAGUUAUCGCCACUAUGCUCCUUAUCUCCUUGGGGUGCAUGACCUGCAUACCGAUUGAUGGAUUCGCAAACUACCCAAUGUAUGGACCUUUGGGAUUUGGCCUAAUAGUGACCUUUAACAUUCAAGCGUUUGGUCACAUCUCAGGAGCCCACAUGAACCCAGUUAUCACUUGGGCUGCGGUUAUUUGGGGACAAAUUUCAUGGAUCCUUGGAAUCAUCUACAUUAUAGCUCAGUGCAUUGGGUCUAUAAUAGGGUAUGGGAUUUUGGUGGCAUUAUCACCGGAGGGAUUUAUAUCUAGCGGUGUUUGUACAACGACACCUUUGUUGAGGUAUUCGAUAUAUCAAGCAGUAGGUAUAGAGGUGGUAUUGACAGCUGCCUUAGUUUUUAUUACAUGCGCGCUGUGGGAUCCAGUGAAUAAGGAUCUGCAAGAGAGUAGUUCGAUUAAGUGCGGUCUGACUGUAGCUGGGUUAUCUUUAGCUGGUGGGCCAUUAACCGGUGCUGGAAUGAAUCCUGCAAGGUCACUAGGACCAGCCUUGUGGACUUUUACGUGGCGGUCGCAUUGGAUUUAUUGGGUUGGGCCCUUUUUAGGUGCGACAGUUGCUGCCUUUUCAUAUAAAUGUAUUUGGCUGAAAGUUGAUAAAGUCAAGCCUGAUAUACUGACAUGGCCUGAUGGUGGAGAGGGAUUGGCAAAAAUGCUUUAAUAUUUGUGCUCUUAGUUUGUAAUUUAAUGAUAUUUAUAUACUAGAAUAUAGUUUUAUUAAUUAUAGCGAUUAUAGCGUAGUGAAUCUGUGUGGUUAUCAGGGCGAUAAAAAUUUAAUAAUGUAACAGUUAGGAUAACACCUGUACAUAAUCAAGAAUGUAUUUCAAAUUAUUCAUAUGGCUUAAGUAAAUAAAAAAAAACAUG